UGCUUAAUAACAAGACUAGUGGGUCUCACUUUAAUCAAGGAGAAAGAAACAUCAAUUGUUAUUCACAAAGCUUCUACAAAACCUGUCAUCUAUUCUUCCAUUUAAAGGUACAUUUCUUAACAUUAGAUAUUCCCUUUGCACACACUAAACUAGGUAGAACCAGUUUUAGUACAACCUUUCAACUAGAUGAACUGCAAACUGCUCAAAUUAGACUCUUUUAGUCCCCUGGCUGACAUUGAUCCAUGUGACUUUUGGACCAACUGACAAAGUAAAAUAGGGAACAACAAAAGACACACUUAACAAUUACGAAACUCUCAUUUAACAUAACAUGGCAGAAACAAUGAGAGACACAGACAGGGACAGGAACCAAAAUCACAAAGGCUGAACAAAAAUAAAAAUUCAAAACACAACACCACAAAACUCGAGGAAAUAGAUAAAGUGAGUAUUUUGAAUUUUGGCUCUAUUUUGAGUGUGAAAGCAGUGUUACCAAUUUGUCCUCUCAGGACAUUAUGACAGCUUGCUGUCUGCAAAGCUGAAUCUUGGCUGGAAGAGCAUCCACAAGUUCUAUCCUACAAAACAAGACAGUUGUAAGGAAGAAACAACUUUGGCAUAGCCGAAUAACUUUACUUUUCUGUUGUGGUCAUCAAAGAAUUAAAUAUGUAACUUAUAUGUUAUCUAAAUAAAUCCAUAAUUGUGGAACACUGCAAUGACACUGCUUAUGAAUAAACACAACAUCCUCUACCACUGCCCUGUAAGAUAUUUGUUCCAAAAGUUAAUUCUUGGAGCAAUGCUACUUGUUUGUAUGGUUGUAUGUUUGAACAUACUAUUCAACCCAGUAGAAAUAUUAUUAAACUGAACCCAUAUUACUCUUGCUCACUCUUGGUUUAAAAAUACUGAUGACCAUAGCUUCAUAGCAGACCUUGAUUGAACAUUCAGUAACUGAUUCAAAAAUUUAAAAAAAACAAACAAAAAAAAACAGGAAAGAAAAUAUUGACAGAUAUCAAUGACAUCACUUGUAUCAAGAAGAAAGAAGGAUUUAAACUACUUGCCACUUGUUCUUCCAUUUAUUUACAACAACCAUAUUAGCCUUUGAUGUACAAACUAAACCUGAUAGAACUGGCUUCAGGUACAAACCGCAAACUGUGGUCAGGCUAGAUUCCUUUAUUCCCCUGGCAGAUCUUAACAUUUUACUGGUGUUUUUAAUGGAAUCUUGUUUCUUGUUCUACUGUUUUUGUCUGCUGAAUGUGUUCCUGUGAAUGUUCUUGCUCUUGUGCAUCCCUUAGAAAGGAAAUUGUAAUUUAAAUAAGACAGCUCAUGUAUAUAAAUAUUUAACACCACAAAAUUAUCUUUUCUUGUUGCCUCUUUGCUGAUGCUCCAGUCAAUUUAAUAUGACUGGAAACUCUGUCUAACAAAGAGGUGUUUGUUGUUAUCUCAAUGAUAUGGUAAAGGGCUGACUUUUCAUAUGUCAACUGUGUCCAUUUUUGUUGUUUUGUUGUUCACAUUUCUUUAUUAUUCAAUGAAAAUACUAACUCAUAUUUUUAACAAAGUCUAAAAACUAAAUGAUUUUUUAAACACAAACCACAAAGUCUUUAAUAUUUGUACUGAAACUCAUUAUUUGAUCAUUUGAUUACAUCUGUAUUUAUUAAUGUAACUUUAUGUUUAGUAACAUAAGCAUAAAAAGGGGGUCUUCCUUCAGGACUUACUGUUCUCACACCAUUCUGAAAUUAAACAUGUAACCGACAGAUUCAAGUACGACUACAAGGCUGAGCAUAUUGCUCAACAGCAUUCCGCAGCUCAGCGUGAAAUCCAGGCAAAAGGUUGACCACCGCCUGACAAGCAGCGUAAACGGCUGCAUUUCAAUUAGUUCUCUUUUGAUCUCUCAGCCAUUUCCAGGGAACAGCAAGAGUUUCUGUCCUGGAAAAUCAUGGAGUUUUCUGGCACGUUGAUUUUGAUAGGGGCUGUCUUGACGUUAUUGUGGCUUUUCAGCUUCAAGAGUCGUAGGCGACUUGCUUUACCUCCAGGACCCUCUGCCCUGCCUAUCAUUGGAAAUGUGCUACAAAUGGACAAAAGGGCCCCAUUCAAAACUAUGCUAAAGCUCAGUGAUAAGUAUGGCUCGGUGAUGACUAUGUAUCUGGGCCCCCAACGCACAGUGAUUUUGUUGGGGUAUGAUGCUGUGAAGGAGGCGCUGGUGGACCAGGCAGAUGACUUCACUGGCAGAGGACCUAUCCCGUUACUUUUCAAAGCUUCCAAAGGCUACGGUUUGGGUGUUAGCAAUGGAGAGUGUUGGCAACAGCUACGAAGGUUUACCCUGACAACUUUGAGAGACUUUGGGAUGGGACGUAAAGGAAUGGAAGAGUGGAUCCAGGAGGAGAGCAGUCAUCUGGUGGGCUGCAUUACAAAGAUGAAUGCUAAACCUUUUGAUCCAACCUUCUUCCUGAGCUGCACCGUGUCCAAUGUUAUCUGCUGUUUGGUGUUUGGCCAGCGUUUCAGUUAUGAUGAUAAACACUUCCUCUACCUUCUGCAGAUCAUCUCAGACACCUUGAAAUUUGGCAGCAGUUCUCAGGGCCAGCUCUAUAAUAUCUUCCCACGAUUGAUGGAGUGGUUGCCAGGUUCACAUCACAAUGUGUUUGCCAAACUUGAGGAGAUGAGAGCAUUUAUUAUGAAUAAAAUCCAAGAACAUCAGGACAGACUGGACGCAAGUUCACCCAGAGAUUACAUUGACUGCUUCCUCCUAAGACUCAAUCAGGAAAAGCACAUUCCUAUAAGUCAGUUCCACUAUGACAACUUGGUGUCAACAGUGUUGAAUCUUUAUCUGGCAGGAACUGAAACCACCAGCUCAACUAUCAGAUAUGCAUUAAAUGUUCUGAUCAAAUACCCCAAAAUACAAGAGACCAUUCAGCAGGAAAUUGACACUGUAGUUGGACAGCGUUGCCCUUGUAUGGAAGACAAGAAGUCCCUUCCAUAUACAGAUGCAGUCCUCCAUGAAAUUCAACGUUUUCUAGAUAUUAUCCCCUUGAGCAUCCCUCACUAUGCACUACAUGACAUUUCUUUCAGGGGUUACACAAUUCCCAAGGAUACACUAAUUAUUCCCUUGUUGCACUCUGUGCUAAAAGAUGAAAAACGGUGGACAACUCCAUGGUCUUUUAACCCCCAGCACUUUCUGGACAACAAUGGGAACUUUAAGAAAAACCCUGCAUUUCUGCCCUUCUCUGCAGGAAAGAGAUCUUGCGUUGGAGAGUCUCUCGCUCGCAUGGAGAUUUUCCUCUUCCUGGUCUCACUGCUGCAACAUUUCACUUUCUCUUGCCCUGGCGGACCUGACAGCAUAGACCUCAGCCCUGAGUACAGUGGCUUUGCCAAUGUGCCUCGCAGAUACACAAUUAUUGCAACACCCCGGUAGUAAUGCUGAUUUAAACUAUAGUCUGGGUUUUCAAGCUUCUAAACUUUUAAGACUGAUAUCAAAUGUAUACAUACUAGCUGUUACGAUCAAUUGUCAUGCCCCGUGCUUCAGUGUGUUUUUCUGUCUAUAUAAAUUCUAUCAUCUUGUUUACAGCAUA